AUGCGUCCGCCGAAUAAUCAUGGCUAUUCGCCUGUUAACCAGGCUACGCCUGGGGAGAGCACCGACCCUAUCGAUAGUCUCACAGACUGCCUCCGCAGAUGCACCGCUACUGGGGACGUCCGAACUCAAGAAUACCUCACAAAACUCGUCUUGAAUGUCACAUCCACUGCCCAAAGACUUAUCUCUCUUCAAGAAGAAAAUUCCCCACUGGGCAGCAAGAUCAAAGACCUCGAGCAGGCUAAUUCUGAUAGCAUCGAUCAAAUUAAACUACUCAACGCAAAAAACCGUGCUUUGAAAGACUCGAAGCAUGAAUUGCAGCUAAGUGCAAACUGGUAUAAAGAGAGACUUGUGGAAUCCCAGUCAGCUGAAAAAGAACGCUUCCACGCCGAGAAUAUCCUUAGUUCGCGGCUGUCAAAAGCUUUGAUGAGGGAGGAAAAGACGAACAAGAGCAUCCAGGAGAUCCGAAUCUCUGUCGGGAGAUUCGUCGAGAAAUUAAUCACCAUUUAUAAUCACAACCCCUCUGAGAUAGAAAACUUACUCGGUGACAACCUUCGGGAAUGGAUCAAGCUCAAGAAUUCUACUGGUAGUAUACAUGAAGAAACUUUCCGGAGUAGGAAGAGCACCCAGGCUAUGUCUGAUCUAUCAAGAGAGAUACUUAAUUGUGGGGUUGAGAGGUUUCAGUCGUCGAGAGUAGGCAUGGGAGAUUCCAAUAAAGAUUGUGAUUCCAUGGAUAAUACCAAACUUCGAUCCGGGAUUAGCAUUCGCCCCAAUCGCACUGACCAGCAGUACGCACAACCAAACCAGGAAGAGGCUUCCUCUAGUUCCGCCCAUGACUCUUAUUGUCACAACUUAGAGUCGACAGAUUCGGACGACAGUUCUGAAAGACACCAAAGCACUCACGUAAACGAAAAGCACAGCAUUCAUGAAAAGGUUCACACUCAAAAAUACAACACCAAUAACGACCAUCAGCCGACAAAAGUGCCUAAAGACCCUACCAAAAAUGUUGGUGCUUGGAGGCUCCGCGCAACCGCAGAAAGCAAUCCCGCUGUCUGGAUCGGUCUUGAUCGGUCGCCGGGAUCUUGGAACGAUGUUCCAACCCCACCUGAGCUGCUCAAAAAAAAGAAGGUGGUAGUCAACAAAUACGACUGCGCGAGGGUUGUGAAAUUGACUCGCUUGCCAAUCGAAAUCACAACAGCUAUGGUUGCCACUUUUGUUCGAGGCGGUAAAGUCGAUGAUAUACGUAUUAUCGACGCUGAGAAAAGCAAUAGCUUCAAGCAAGCCCUUAUUACCUUCUGCAACCCAGAAGCUGCUGCUAGCUUUUUUAAGUGGGUUCAGGAAUACCCCGGCAGCCUCGUGGUUGACGGCCUAAGAUGCCAUGGUGUGCUAGGAUUAACUAUCCAACCACCAGCAUAUGAUCGCGAGUCCAGGGUUUUGCUUCUAACGUGCAUGCCCGACGAAGUCAAUUCCAUCAAUAAACUUCGCUCUUUCGUUGAAUCAACCGCACAGGACGACGAUGGGCACUCAUUUACCGUUCAGAAUCAGAAGCUUUACUUCAACGGUGGCGGAUUGAAGAGCUCGGCUUCAAUUACUUUCGAUUCGAUUGAAGGGGCAAUUAUUAUGAAAUUGAAAUGGGAGAUUGAAUGGGGAAUGAACAUCGAGUGGGGCCGGGACGAGUGCGAGGAUAGGUUACUUGAAAUGGACCCGCAGAUGAAAAUCUUCUGGCUUACUCAACCCAAACCAUCUGACCAUCAGAAUUAA